CGCCGCGGUGCGCCCCGAGCGGCGGCCGCUUCCGGGAGGGCUGGGGCGACCCUACCCCGGCGGCUCCUUCAGCCCCCGGGAGUGGGGGGCGAGGGGCUUGGUCCGACCUGAAGCGCGGUCCCAGCCACGGUCCUUCCCGCGCCACCCGCGCCUGCGCCCCGCUCCCAGUCCCUUCGCUCUCGGCCAGCCGGUCCUUCCGUCCCGGGCCGCCCGCUCGGCGACUCUGCCGAGCCCCCUGCACCCCCAUCUCGGCCUCGGUCCCGCCGCCAGCGCCCGCGCUGCCCCGCUCCGGCUCGGGUCCCUCGGAGCUCAAGUUUCGACCCUCCGCCGGGUCGGGUUCCCGGCGCUCCUUGCUUCUGCGCCAUCCAUCCCCGCGCGGGGCUCUCGCCCACCAAGCCCCGCACCCCCCAGCCACCCCCAGCUUCCGCGAGGCCCAGCCCUCGUCCGUCCAGGACAGGUUACCGGACCAGCUGGAGGAGGCGCCUGUGAGCGGUGUGACCCUGUGCACCCGCCCCGUGAUUCCCCCAGAGCUACCCCCAGAAUUCCUUUUUGGGCUAGGGUCGCGAGGGACUCGGCGCAGUUGAGUACUCGACUAGGAAAGGGACCUCUAGUCUCUGUCUCCCCACCCCCCAAAGCUCAGAGCAGGAAACUAGCUUGGCUGAGAAGACCCAGGCCCAAUAACCUGGGGAGCUGUGGAGCACAGAAGAAAGUGGAAAAGCUAGGAGAUCUGAGGGUCGAAGUGGUGGCCCUUCCCUUUUGUGGGCAUUUCUGAUCUGGGGGCCAGCUGCAACCUGUGGACCGGAGACUGAGCAAGGGUGGAAACGUGCCGGUGGGAAGAAGUCGACUGGCUCUCCCCCGGCUGUCAGGCCGAAAACAAUCCGGAAAAUCUGAACGGGGGAACUGGGCGCCGAGCCUCUGUGCUUUGGGGCGCCGCCCCCAGUGCCCCCUCCAACUCGGCUACUAGGCGUGGACCCGAGACCGCGGACUGCGCAGGCGCGCGGAGGCUCGCAGCCGCCCGCAGAGAGGCGGAGGGUGAGGCAACGCCGACGUCUAGGGGCUGUUUAGCGCUGGUUGCACCUGAGCGGAGCCCGCCCCGUGGUGGCAGACCCGGUCAUCCCUUUCGGCCCGACUGUGGUACAGACCUCCAUGACCCGGUCCCAGGUUGCCCUGCUGGGCCUGGGCCUGCUGUUCAUGCUGCUACUGUAUGUGGGGCUGCCAGGACCCCCUGAGCAGACCUCCUGGCUCUGGGGAGACCCCAAUGUCACGAUCCUGGCUGGUCUCACCCCUGGCAGCUCCCCCAUUUUUUACCGCGAGGUGCUCCCACUUCACCGGGCCCGCAGGGUGGAUGUGGUGCUGCUCCAUGGAAAGGCCUUUAACUCCCGGACGUGGGAGCAGCUGGGCACACUGCAGCUGCUGGCGCAGAGGGGCUACCGGGCCGUGGCCCUUGACCUCCCAGGUUUUGGGAACUCGGCACCUUCGAAGGAGGCAAGCACAGAGGCAGGGCGGGCACAGCUGUUGGAGCGAGUGCUGCAGGACCUAGAGGUGCAGAAUGUCGUGUUGGUGAGCCCUUCACUGAGUGGCUGCUAUGCCCUGCCCUUCCUGAUGCAAGGCCACCACCAGCUGCAUGGAUUCGUGCCCAUUGCACCUGCCUCCACCCAGAACUACACCCAAGAACAAUUCCAGGCCGUGAAGACCCCGACUCUCAUCCUGUAUGGGGAGCUGGACCGCGUCCUGGCUUGGGAGUCACUGCGGCAGCUCCGCCACCUGCCUAACCACUCGGUGGUGAAGCUGCGCGAUGCAGGCCAUGCCUGCUACCUCCACAAACCACAAGACUUCCACCUCGUCCUCCUUGCCUUCCUUGACCAUCUGCCUUGAGCUCACCACUGUCCAGGCCCCAGGCCUGGCCUGAGCUUGGAGGAUCUGGACCAGUCUCCACCAGGGAGGCAGCCCCUGGGGUUGGAGGGCAGAGGCCAGA